AUGGCUUUCACCAUUAGGCAACUCUCAUCCUCUACUGUUCCAGGUGGCAUCCCUACUUGCAUCACCUACCCUAAUCCAGCUGAAGGAUUAACAGCUAAUUUUGAAUUGAAGUCUGGAUUGCUCCAUCGUCUCCCUACUUUCUAUGGACUCUCUAUGGAAGAUCCCAACCAGCAUCUAAUGGAGUUUCAGUUCAUUUGUUUAAGCAUGAAGCCACAUUUAGUAGAUGAGAAUAUUUUGAAACUAAAGGCAUGCCCUUUCUCAUUAACUGACAAGGCAAAGCAAUGGCUUUAUGAGUUGCCAAGUGGACACAUUACGUCUUGGGAUGACAUGAUGAAGGCAUUCUUGGAUAAGUACUUCCCCACAUCUCGCAUCAUCAUGCUCAGGAAGAAGAUUAGUGGUAUUCAACAAGGAGUUGAUGAGUCAUAUGCGGAUUAUCAUGAGAGAUUUAAGUCUUUUCUUGCUCAAUGCCCUCAACAUGGCAUGAAGGAUGAGACUUUGCUUACUUGUUUUUAUGAAGGGCUCACCAACUUGGAGAGAGAUAUGCUUGAUGCUGCUUCUGGAGGUUCCUUCAUGGACAAACAACCAGCUGCUGGGAUGGCUCUAAUUCAAAGUAGAGCUUCUAACCAACAACAAUAUGGAGGAAUAAGAUCCACCACACAUGAAAUACAUGGAGUUAAUGAGGUAAGUACUUUUGCUCAUUUGGAAGAUAAAAUUAACAAGCUUACUUCUCUUGUGUCUCAGGUUGUUACAACAAAAGGACAAACUAUGGCAUGUGGAGUGUGCUCAAUGCAAGGGCAUGCAGCUGAUCAAUGCCCUCAACUCAUGGAAAAUGAAGGAGUUAACGCCAUAGGCUUCCAACAAGGGCAAAACCGUCGUCGAAAUGAUCCUUUCUCGAACACAUAUAAUGAAGGAUGGAGAAAUCACCUAAAUUUCCAUUGGAGAGACAAUGACAACGUCCAAGGAGUUGCCCCAAACGCCAAUUAUAAUCGUGCUCCACCUAGUUUCUUCCAAAAGACUCAGGCUCCUCUAAACUCUACUCCUUUAAAUUCUUCAUCUUCUUCUUCUUCUAAUAAUAAUUCUGAUGAGAUUAUUAAAAUGCUAGCAACUUCUAAUCAGACUUUAGUGCAAGGUCAGAAUCUCAUUCAAAAUAUGAUGGAAGAAAUGGAGAAGCAGCUAGGGAAGUGGUUGAUCAUAUGA